AUGGCAGCUCUUGGGGACGAUUUGCUUCGCAUUGUGAACCAACUGCAGGACUUGGUUUUCAACACCAUUGGCACUGAUAGCCUGGAUCUUCCUCAGAUUGUUGUCGUCGGCUCGCAAUCGGCCGGAAAGUCAUCUGUUCUAGAGAACAUCGUUGGGCGCGAUUUUCUGCCGCGCGGUAGUGGCAUUGUGACCCGCCGUCCUUUGAUCCUCCAGCUCAUCAACGUUGAGGAUGACGAGACCGCGCCAGAGGUGAACGAGGCCUACAGGAACCCCACCCAAGCCAGACGCUCCGAAUGGGCAGAGUUUCACCACAUUCCAAGCCGACGCUUCACCGACUUUGGCGAUGUCAAGCGCGAGAUCGAGAACGAGACGAAUCGAGUCGCCGGUAGUAACAAGGGCAUUGUCAGGCAACCAAUCAACCUCAAAAUCUUCUCUCCCCAUGUCUUGAACCUGACCUUGGUGGAUCUACCAGGUCUGACAAAAGUUCCUAUCGGCGACCAGCCUGCAGACAUUGAAAAGCAGACACGCACUCUCAUCUCCGAAUUCAUUGCCAAACCCAACAGCAUCAUUCUCGCCGUGUCCCCAGCCAAUGUUGACCUUGUCAACUCGGAAGCUCUAAAGCUUGCAAGGCAUGUCGAUCCUUUGGGUCGCAGAACCGUCGGUGUUCUCACCAAGGUCGAUCUGAUGGACCAUGGAACUAAUGCCCUGGACAUCCUCUCGGGCCGUGUCUAUCCUCUCAAGCUGGGCUUCAUCGGCGUCGUAAACAGAUCACAGCAAGAUAUCCAGGGGAACAAACCCAUGGACGAAGCUCUCAAGGCAGAAAACGAAUUCUUCAAACAUCACCCUGCCUAUCGCAACAUCGCCAACCGAUGUGGCACCCAGUUCUUGGCAAAGACGCUGAAUCAAACCCUCAUGGUCCAUAUCCGCGAACGACUUCCCGAUAUUAAGGCUCGUCUCAACACCCUAAUGGGCCAGACGCAGCAAGAACUAGCAAGUUACGGGGACAACCAAUUCAGCGGCAAAGAACACCGUGGCUCCAUGAUUCUGCAGCAAAUGACUAAAUUCGCAUCUUCGUUCAUUUCCUCCAUCGAUGGUACAUCGAGCGAAAUCUCUACCAAGCAACUAUCCGGAGGUGCCCGUAUCUACUAUAUUUUCAACUCAGUCUUUGGCAGCUCUCUCGAGUCCAUCGAUCCAACCUCGAAUCUAUCGGCGCUUGAUAUCAGAACCGCUAUCCGGAACUCAACUGGUCCACGCCCGAGUCUUUUUGUCCCUGAGAUGGCUUUCGAUCUGCUUGUGAAGCCGCAAAUCAAGAUGCUCGAGGGGCCCAGUCAGCGAUGCGUCGAGCUUGUCUAUGAAGAACUGAUCAAAAUUUGCCACACGUGUGGCUCAAACGAACUUUCGCGGUUCCCUAGGUUGCAAGCCAAGCUGAUAGAGGUCGUCUCGGAUCUGUUGCGGGAGCGCCUAGGGCCAGCAUCGUCCUACGUUGAGUCCCUAAUCUCUAUCCAGCGGGCUUACAUCAACACCAAUCACCCCAACUUCCUCGGCGCCGCAGCAGCAAUGAGCCAUGUUGUCACCAACAAGCAAGAACGCGAGAGGAAGAAGCUCAUUGAAGAGGAGAGAGCCCGACGGGAAAAGCGCCGUCUGAAGGAGCUCGGUGCCAACGGCACAGAGACCCCGGAGGACGACGAGGACGCUGCCACCGAAAAGGGAGACACUAUCAACUCUCGCAAGUUGGUCGGCAAGGCCGGACGCAGUAUGUCGCCCGCAAUACGGGAAAAUGGUGCGGGGGCACUGGCGGCUGCAGUGAAUGGUCGAUCAGCAUCUCCGGCCAGGCUCGCGGGUGGUGCACGGGACAGCUUCCUAACCUAUUUUUUCGGCAAAGAUGGCGCCCCGCAGCAACCUGGUGGUGCUGGUACGCCUGGCGCCUUGCCACGUCAUGUAAGCCAAUCCCAAGAGCCUACUUUCAGCCAGAGUAUAAGGAGAGUGGAAGAAAAGGCUACCCAUCGCCCGGCUUUGUCAUCCUCCUUGGUUCGUGACGAGGAGGUCCAGAGGACUACUGAGUUUGGUUUUGGAACAGCUGACGUUGAGCCAGCGCUGACAGAGCGCGAGGCCAUGGAGACGGAGCUCAUUCGCGCUCUUAUCUCCUCUUACUUCAACAUUGUCCGCGAGACUAUUGCAGACCAGGUACCCAAGGCUGUUAUGCACCUCCUUGUCAACCACAGCAAAGAUGUGGUGCAGAACAGGCUCGUUAGUGAGUUGUACAAGGAAGCCCUCUUCGAAGAGCUGCUCUAUGAAGACGAUGGCGUUAAGAAGGAGCGCGAAAAGUGCGAGAAGUUGCUGCAAACCUAUCGCGAAGCAGCUAAGAUCAUCGGCGAGGUGUUAUGA